AUGACUGAGGAGGAGAUACUGAACGAAAGUAAAAUGACUUAUGGUUCACAUAACAACAAAUCGUUUGUUCAUAACAGACAUGUUGAGCCACAAAAGUCUUCACCAUUGAAUUUUGUUCCUAAAGGCACAAUUGAUCCUAACGUUUCAUUGUCAUAUGCAGAUGAUAGCUCUGAAGUAAAGUGUGGUGAUGUUCUUGGGAAUGAACCAGAUGCAAAUUCAGAUUUUUCUAAAAACUCAAUAAAUGAAACAGCUUCUGAAUCUGUUUUUGGACCAAACUUUUUUACGUCGUUAUUUGGUUCUUUUUCAAUUGAUAAUAAUUCUGAUGUUUCCUGUUCAACAGCAACUGAAGCUGAACAAACAAAUGAAAGUGAGAGUGAAGAUCAACAAUGUUCUGAUUAUUCUUCUGAAACUGUUUCUGUAAAUGUCCCUGAUAAUGUGUCAUGUCGGACCACUGAAACACGCUCUCAAACGGAUCAGGAGAUUUCUUUCAAAAACAAAGCUGCCAGUGAACCAUUCUUGGACACAAAUGGUUCAUGUGCUGAUAACUCGUCAAAUGAUUCUGCUAAAGUGUCUGGUAUUUCUUCCGACAAACCAGAACUCUCGGAUCCUACCAAAGCUUUUGAAGAGAAGACUGAUGUGAAUAAGGCUCCAAAUGCGCAAGCUGAACAAUCUGAACCUUCGGUUCGUGGUGAAAAGGUUCAAAUCAAGAAACAAGAGCCAAAACAUGUAGGUAAAGGACGUGGAAAUAAGAAGCCUAAACAUCAAAGACGAUCAGGCUCUCCACAGUCCUCAACGGGCAGCAAUAGUUCUCAAAAGGCCCGUGAUGUGAAAAAUUCCUUUGUUAAGCCAGUCAGUAAUGGCAAAUGUGAUAAAUAUGCAUUUGACUGUGCUAACAAAGCUUUCGGAAAGACUGGUGAGAUUUCUGAACAAGACUUGCAGUCUAAGCAAAGCAAGAAGAAUCAAAAGCAAUCUCCACCACAGAAGGCCCCUGCAAACGACAAGUAUAGGCAUCCAAAUUCAUCGUCGUCUGCAAGAAAUGUGCAACAAAAUCAAGCACAGAAAGGACCGGUUCGUCCUUCAGGGUCUUCAAGAGCAAAUCCAGCUGAUCAGAAUGCAUUCUACGUAAAGAGACAAACAUGCUUCAAUUGCAGCAUUGCUGAACUUGAUUUCAUUCAAGAACAGGGAUUGGUGAAGACUGAGAUGCUGUUAGCUGCUGAAGAAGCCAAAAGUAUCACAACAACAAGAUGUACCUGA